GCCCCGGCUCGCGCUUCAUUCUGAGCCGAGCCAGGUGCCGCGCAGCCAGCUCAGCCCCCCAACCCCCUGCGGCGGCUCCCUUUCCCCGGCCUCUCCUCCUCCUCCGAGCAGCAUGAAAGCCUUCAGUCCGGUGAGGUCCGUUAGGAAAAACAGCCUGUCGGACCACGGCUUGGGCAUCUCCCGGAGCAAGACCCCGGUAGACGACCCGAUGAGUCUGCUCUACAACAUGAACGACUGCUACUCCAAGCUCAAGGAACUGGUGCCCAGCAUCCCGCAGAACAAGAAGGUGACCAAGAUGGAAAUCCUGCAGCACGUCAUCGAUUACAUCCUGGACCUGCAGAUCGCCCUGGACUCUCACCCCACGAUUGUCAGCCUGCACCACCCAAGACCUGGACAGAACCAGGCGUCCAGGACGCCGCUGACCACCCUCAACACGGACAUCAGCAUUCUGUCCUUGCAGGCAUCUGAAUUCCCUUCUGAGCUUAUGUCAAGUGAUAGCAAAGUACUCUGUGGCUGAAUACAUGGCAUCUGGGGACUUUUUUUUUUUUUUAACUUUCUCUUUUUCUUUUGCACAAUAAGAAGUCUACAGGAUCUUUUUAAGUCGCUGAACUUUUUGUUUUGUUUAUUUUCAACCAUUUCACCAGGAGAACAAGUUGAAUGGACCUUUUUAAAAAGAGAAACGGAAGGAAAGCUGAGAGUGAUCAUCUUCCCCCAGGAGUUCUCCAGCCUGGACUGUGAUACCGUUAUUUAUGAGAGACUUUCAAUGCCCUUUCUACAGUUGGAAGGUUUUCUUUAUAUACUAUUCCCACCAUGGGGAGCGAAAAACGUUAAAAAUCACAAGGAAUUGCCCAAUCUAAGCAGACUUUGCCUUUUUCCAAAGGUGGAGCGUGACUACCCGAAGGACCCAGUAUUCGGUUACUUAAAUGAAGUCUUUGGUCAGAAAUGGCCUUUUUUGACGCGAGCCUACUGAAUGCUGUGUAUAUAUUUAUAUAUAAAUAUAUAUAUAUAUAUAUUGAGUGAAGCCUUGUGAACUCUCUAAUUAGAGUUUUCUUGUAUAGUGGCAGAAAUACCUAUUUCUGCAUAAAAAUGUAAUGACGUACUUAUGCUAAACUUUUUAUAAAAGUUUAGUUGUAAACUUAACCCUUUUAUACAAAAAUAAAUCAAGUGUGUUUAUUGAAUGUCGAUCGCUUGCUUUAUUUCAGACAACCAGUGCUUUGAUUUUUUUUUAUGAUGCUAUGUUAUAACUGAACCCAAAUAAAUACCAGUUCAAAUUUAUGUAGACUGUAUUAAGAUUAUAAUAAAACGUGUCUGAUGUCAA